AUGGCGACAAGAACAACUCAAAACAUACUGAUCCUCGGCGGCACCGGCAAGGUUGGUCGCCAGAUCACGAAGCUGUUCGCACAAACAUCAACCCCCGUCUACCAAAGUUCCCGGAGCGGGGCCUCCACAACGGAGCCGGACGCCGAAAACGUUCAUGCCGUCGCGUUUGACUGGGAGAAUGAGCAGACAUGGGCCACGGUCCUAAGCAUCGGCGCUGCUAGUGUCUUUCUUGUGGCACCGCCGGUGAUGGAUAUGCUUCCGCCGAUGCGGUCAUUCAUUGACCAAGCGAGGAUCCAGAGUCGCAAAACGAGAUUUGUGCUGCUGAGCGGCAGCCCAGUUGAGCCUGACAUUAAUGGGUAUGCGAUGGGUCGGCCGCAUGCGUACUUAAAGGAGCUCGGCGACAAGGGCGAGGUGGAAUGGGCUGCAUUGCGACCAACGUGGUUCCAACAAAACUUCGCAGAGCAGGAACAUCAUCGCCUGGCGAUUAUCAACGAGAGCACCGUGUAUUCCGCCACCGCCGACGGCAGGAUUCCCUGGGUGGCUACAGAGGACAUCGCUGCCUGUGCGUUCCAGCUACUCACUCAAGAAGACGCGCCGAAUGACGAAUAUCUCAUUCUUGGGCCUGAGCUACUCACUUACGACGAGGUCGCUGGCAUACUCUCCGACGUUCUGGGACGAAAGAUUGUGCACAAACGUCUUUCAUCACAGGAGCUGGUGGACCGUUACGCCGCUCAGGGCAUGCCGCGGGAUUACGCGGAGAUGAUGGGUGGGCUGGAUACGGCCAUCAAGAACGGGAGCGAGGACAGGACCAACAGCGUCGUCCUUGCGGUGACUGGGAAACAGCCAAAGAAGUUCCGUGACUUUGCUGAGAGGAACAAGGCAGUCUGGGCGCAAGAUGCCUGA